UUGAGUUUAGGCGGGGCACUUGCGUCUUUGGCCGCAGUUCGCACCGUAGUACAAAAUUUGCGUGACGGAAAUGAAAUUAAGUUAGUAACAUUUGGCGAGCCUCGAAUUGGUGAUUACCAAUUUGCAAUGUAUCAUUCUACACAUAUCCCAUAUAGUUUUCGAGUAGUAAAUCGCGCGGAUAUCAUACCACAUUUACCACCGUGCAAAAAGAAUGCAAGCAUUGCGAAUUCAGAAAUAGAUGAAAGCAAACCUUGCCUGGCUACAAACAACAGCUUUCCAUAUCAUCAUGGUAUAACUUUUAGGUAUCCAUACGGAAUGCAUGAAAAUGCAAAAUAUUAUGAAUGCUUGAAUACGCCAAUAAAUGAAGAUUUUGAGUGCAGUGAUAGUUUAUUAUUCGACAUUAAACACCUCAAAACCUUUAUCAAAGAUCACCGAUAUUAUUUCAAUGUUAAGGUGCCUGCAUAUGGCAAAAAAGGUUGCAAGAAUUUCACGAAUGAUAGUUCAGAAAUCGAUGAUGCUUUCAUUCCGCUGAAUGUAUCACAGCAGCUUACGAGUGAUUCUUCGUCAUCUUUCCAGAAGAUACAAACUGGAAUCAGCAAUAUUUUUGAUGCCUUGAAAAGUCUUAUAAAGUUCUUUUAA